AUGAAGGGCUCCGUGCAGGUUGUGGCGUUGUGGGGCAAGCAGGCCCCAGUCCACAGCAUCACAGCCAUCCUGAUCACGGAGGACCAGGGCACCAUCGUGACAGGGAGCCAGGAGGGGCAGAUCUGUCUCUGGGAUCUGUCUGCAGAGCUAAAGAUUUCCUCGAAGCAAAUGCUCUUUGGUCACACGGCGUCUGUGACAUGUUUAGCUAAAGCGAGAGACUUUGAGAAGCAACCCUACAUAGUCAGUUCUACGGAGAACGGGGAAAUGUGCAUUUGGAAUGUCAGCUGCGGACAGUGUGUCGCAAAUGCAAGGCUUCCCUUUAGGCACACGGCAAUUUGUUACUACCGCAACACCUUCCGCAUGACGGGAGAGGGCUGGCUCCUGUGCUGUGGACAUUAUGACGACAUCCUCGUCAUUGACGCCAGAACGCUGGCUGUGCUUCACACGCUGGCGUCUUCUCACGCGUCAGACUGGAUCAGCUGCAUGUGCUUGGUGCACUCCCCCCGGAUCCAAGAGGAUUCCUUAAUAGCAGUGUCUGCAGCAGGAGAUCUUAAGGUCUGGGACCUGUCAUCUUCGGUAAGCAAGAUACAGGAGGCGCAAAGUAUUAACGAAAGGGAAUCGAAGUCCCUGGACUGUGGCUGCUGCAAUGCAGUCCGAUUUUGCACCUACACAGAACGGCUCCUCUUAGUCGUGUUCUCCACCUGCUGGAAGGUGUACGAUUACUGUGACUUCUCCUUGCUGUGGACUGAAUUUAGCCCAAGCGGCCAGUGCUUUGCUGGGGGUGACGUCCUUGCUGCACACAGACUGAUAAUUUGGACAGAAGGUGGCCAUGGCUGUAUCUACCAGCUGCUGAACAGUGGCCUUUCCUGGAGUGUACAGCCAUUCAGUGGAGGGGUGCUCAAAGAAACAGUUCAUCCCGUCUUGCUCUGUUCUACAGAUGUGGAAGAUAACAAGAGUUUCUCUUAUGUUAUGGGCUUCAUGAAUGAAAGAAAGGAACCUUUUUAUAAGAUCCUAUAUUGUGGAGAAACCUCCGGAAGAAUCACUUUGUGGCAUAUUCCUGAUGUCCCAGUUUCAACUCUAGAUGGUUCUCCAAAAGAGAUCCCCAUAGCAGCCUCCUGGGCUCUCCAGGAUGACUUCGAUGGCCAGAGACCUGUAGAGGCCGCUGCUGCCGACCAUCUCUGUGGGGCUGAUGCCGGGGGCAGGAGCGCCACCAUCACUUCCUCGGUGUUCAUCCCCAGCCUCGAUGCCUUGGUGUGCGGAUGUGAAGACGGCAGGAUUUUCAUUGUCCUGGCUCUGCAAGCUGCCAAGGUCAGGCUGCUGGAAGAUGCUUCCUUGCUGGAAGGCGCCCUGCCCCGCAGGCUGCUCAGCGGCCAUAGCAGCAGCGUGACGUCCUUGCUUUACCUCCACGGGCAGUCCGCCCGCUUUGAUCCCAGCUGGCUGGUUUCCGGCAGCCAGGACUCCUGUGUGAUCUGGUGGGACAUGUGCACGGCAGAAGUGCUGCAUCAUUUCUCCUUGCUGGCUGGCCCCGUCAUGGACCUGCGGCUGUCUUCAGAGAACUACAGAUUUAAAGGCCACCGGAUCGUGUGCUGCAUCUGCAGGGACCACUCGGUAGUGCUUCUGCACAUCCAGGAGCGAGCCUGCAUCUUGCAUGCCAGGAAGCACCUUUUCCCCGUGAAGAUGCUUCGGUGGCAUCCUGUGGAAAACCUGCUGGUUGUUGGAUGUGAAAACGAUUCCGUUUAUAUUUGGGAUAUUGAGACAGGAAUUCUGGAGCGCCACGAAAGUGGGGAAAUGGCCAAGGUGAUCCUUGCUUGCUGCGAAGACUCAGCUCGGACAGUGACAGACCCUCUGCUCCCUGUCUGUGAAGAAGACCCAGAGAAGCAGAAACAUGCAGGCGGUCAAUCUUCCAGCUCCUAUACAUUUGGCAACAUUUCCUGCGGCAGCCUUGCUCACCAAGGAAAGUCUUUCGCUUGUGGGUGGCCUUUUACCAUCUUGCCAGUGAAGACAAAAUGGGGGAACACAAAUUUUCAUGUACUCCUAUUUGAUUUGGAAAAACUAGUAGAAGUGCUGCAGUCUGCUCCGCUCAAUGGACUAAAAGCAUCCAGCUCAUUCCACAGCUAUGACACUUUGAAGAGAGCGAAAAGCACAGCUGAAAAAAGGACACUGAUGUUAAAACGAAAUAGAACCUCUGCGUCGCUCACACCGCUGGAUGGGCAAGUUCAAAUGGCUAGUGAAGAGCAAAUCUUUGGGGAGAACAGUGUACUUAGAUCUUCAGAACAAAGUGGCGGCAUCAAAAGACACAAAAAAGCCAAAAGCUCCAAAAAGGUUAGGAGGCAGCAGCCAGGAAAAGUCAAUCUGAAUGUCACCACAGAUGCAGCAAAGCUCCUCUUAUCUUGCCUCUUGCCCUGGGGUGUGGACAGAGAGUUGGAUGAUCUCUGCGUUCGGGACUUGGAUAUCUUAAGACUUCUUUAUCCAGUCUCAUUCGGACUAAUUUCAAAAGACAACCGCCUUUCUCUGAUGUUGCCAGGGUGGGGCAGUGCUAAUCUGGUGAUGGUGGAACAGCAGCACAAAGCAGUCAACUUAUUUUCCAGCAAAGUGCUGGAUCUGUGUAAUAAGUACAUUGGAGUGGUCCAAGAGCAGAGAAGAAAAAGCACUUGCACCACCGACAGGUCAAGCACUCUGGUCUACUUACUGAGCAGGAUAUGUUUGGUUCAAAGGAUAAUCAGCAGGCCUUUAGAAAACACAAGUCCACAGAAACCCGAGUCCGCACGCAGCAAGAGGAGGCCCGGGCCUUCCCUGGGGACUGCCAGUGCUUCUGAUGAGCCGGCUGGAUGCCCAUUUGGUUUUUCUGCUCAUGGAUUGGAUAAUGCUUCACUGGUUAGACUUAUUUCUUGCUGGAGAGACCAGUCCAUACAGAUGACUGAGGCCAUCCAAGCCGCCUUGCUGGCCGAAGUUCAGUGGGGCAUGAGGAACCAGCGGAGGAUGUUGCCGAACGGCCACAGGCAGGCACCUGCCAGUGAGGAGGAGCCCAAGACUGACCAGCCAGAGGCGAAAAGGAGCCACCCCUUGCUGGUUGCCAACAGCACGGUCAAGCGUGACAGCUGCACGGCCUCUGUGGAGAACCGCGGUGGAGAGGACGGUGCCGAGGGGCGGGUCUCGGAAGCGUCGGAGAACCCACUGGAGAGCCGGAUGACGAAAAAUCCAGUGGAUGCGCUGCCCAAGGAUGUUGGCAAGACGCUAAAACAGAAGUGA